AUGGUUGUGACUCGGAUACGAGCUCUCACAGGUAAUUUUUUCCGGUUUUUAUUUUGCAGUUCUGGUGAAUACAUCGAAGAAUCCACAAAAUCAAAUUGUUUAGCAAAUAAAUUUGAACGGCUUAUGUGUACUGAGCUAGAAAAUAAUGUCCACCAACUAUGUCAGAAUUAUGCUCGAACGGAUGUGGUUGAACCAACAUGCAAGGGUAAACAUGUUAGCUUCUCAGACGAAGUCAGAACCACAUUAAAUGCUUCUGAACAGAAUGAAAAAGAUCAAAUGGCUGGAGAUGCCGAUGAACUAUUUUAUGAUGAAGAUGAAGAUGAUGACACAGAAAAGUGGGUUAAGGAUGUUUUGAUGCCCUCUGGAGUCACGAGCCAGUCAGAUGCGGUUCUUAACUGUUCAUACUGUAUGACAUUGGUUUGUCUUGUAUGUCAAAGACAUACCAAGCUUAAGACACAAUAUAGAUCUCUAUUUGCAAUCAAUUGCGAUGUCGACAAGCGAAUUGUCCUUAAAGAGCCUUCCAUGAUAGAGUGUAACGAUAGAGGUUCAACCGUCGACAAACCACCUAUCUACUAUAAGGUGACCUGCAAAGUUUGCGGUGCUUUUGUUGGUACACAGGAUCAAGAUAGUGUUUUCCAUUUCUUUAAUGUACUGGCGAGCCACACAUGA